AUGGACCCGCAUCUUUCUGACCGGGGCGAGAGCCAGGCAGCGACUCAUAAACCCCUCGACAGCCUCGCAGACCAGCCAGACUUUCUCCAGAACAACCGGCAACGAGAAGGGCGAAGCCCAGCAGAGCAAAACUUGGAGCCACCGGCUUCAGAUUUCUUUUCGUCAUCACCACAAUCUCAGUUCUUCCUCUUCACAGACAAUCCUGACUUCAGACCUCAGUUCUUCAUCAACACUGCCAUCGAAGCCUUUGUCGCCACGAGAACGGCCCUCACCACAAGUUUCGGCAGCUCAAGAAAAAGCCUCACUGGUGUCACCUGCCAGACCGCAAGAAACAGCUUCGCCUCAGCACCUCCAGCGGAAGAACAAGACGAGAUCAAAAUGCUCGAGUCGAUCGAUGAGAUGGGGGGUGAGGGUGGUUUGCUCGGUGUUUUCCUCGCGCUCUUGUGUGCGUUUGUCGCGGCUGCUGCGGCCGUUGUCAAGUUGUCUUGGCCCGCGCUCGCGACUUUGGUCGUGGCCGGUUGCUCGGGUGUGGCUUACCGCCAUCAAACCCUUGUCUCCUCCCGCCGCCGUGUGCGCGGUGGUCUGUUUCCCGCGCUGGCCCGCGGUGCUGUCCCGGUCGCCUCCUCGCGCGGUGCCGGCAUCCUCGGGCGUGUGCCCGCCUACUUCCUCUUCGUCUUGGGGUCGGGCGGGCACACGACCGAGAUGUUUGAAACCAUCAAGAACUCGUUCUUGCCGUCGCCGGCGCAGCACCGGCGCUAUGUGAUUACGAGCGGAGAUGGGGAUUCCUUGCGGCGGUUGUUGAGGUUGGAGUCGUUGCUGGACCGGGCUGUUCUCGGUUCUUUGGCCGGUGGUGACAAGGCUCGGGUUGGCACCCGGGAUAUGUUUACAAUUCCGAGGGCGAGGAGGGUUCACCAGCCUUUUUGGACGGCUCCGUUUACGAGUUUGGUUACGGGGUUGGGGGCGGUGAAGGCGUUGAGCACGGUUCCUAGGUCGAGGAAGGGGGAGGGGUAUAAGUGGCCGAAUGUGAUUGUUACCAAUGGGCCUGGGACGGGGUUUGUGGUCGCUUUGGUUGCGUACAUCCUCAAGUUACUCUCCGUUGUUCCCCAAGACGGCUGCAAAGUGGUUUACGUGGAGAGUUGGGCGCGGAUUAACAGCUUGAGCCUGACGGGCAAGAUGUUUUACUGGAGCGGGAUUGCGGAGGUGUUUGGGGUUCAGCAUCGGCAGCUGUGCGACAAGUAUGAGGGGGUGAUUUACGUCGGGGAGGUCGGGGCUGCCAAGAGGGCGAGGAUGGGGUGAGCUGGGAUGGAUGUUUGCGUGUUUGGGCGGUUAGCAUUGCUUUCAUGAAUUCAACGAUACCCCGUCCUCGUUUGUCCAAUACGAAC